AUGACCACGGCAACGAUCCAGAUCCUGGACCCGCGUCCGGAGCAAAAAACUGAAGAGAGGGCGUCAGCAGGCCGGCUGCCCGGCUUGGCGGGCAAGACCAUCGGACUGCUUGAAAACCGCAAGUACCACUCGGACAAUUUCCUCCAGGAACUCCAGGUAAUCCUCGAAGAAAAAUACGCGGUCGAGAAAGUGGUCUACCUGCGCAAGUUCAGCUUCAGCUCCCCGUGCUCCGAUGAGACGAUCGAAGAACUGAUCGAGCAAUGCGAUGCGGUGGUGCACGGAAUCGCGGAUUGA